AGGAUGUUGCGUACACAACACCCUGGAUGUUUUGACCUAAUGUAACGUUACUUGCUUUAUUCGGGAUUAAUGUAUUCUUACUUGAUUUUACAGAUAAUGUAACUUGUAAUUGUUGCAAUAAUUCGACAUUGCAGCCAUGUUGCUUCCGUCUGACAUAGCGCGGCUCGUUUUAGGAUACAUGCAACAAGAGGGACUGUGUUCUACAAGCCAGGCAUUCAUUCGUGAAAGCCCCAAUUUGAAGGAGUACGCAGAACACAGCUCAGAUGAUGCAGCUAUUCCUGCUUGUGUGUUUUCCCUCUUUGGAAAAAACCUGACAACUAUUUUGAAUGAGUAUGUUGCUGUCAAAGCUAAAGAGACGAUAGAAGAGACUCAGAUACCUGUCAUGAUGACAUCAUUGUGGAAAAAGCUUGAUUUCACACUAAAUCAAAUCAAGUCUAUGCAGAACUCCCCAGCUAUUAUCCAGAAUCAAAGACUCCACACACGUAAUGGGAUCGUGAACAUGAGGGGGCGACAGAGAGCCUUGUCAUCAACGCAGUCCCCCAGCUCUGGGUUUCUGUCAUCGUUGGCCCCCCCGUCGGCCCAGGGCAUCGCCACCCCAGUCUGCUACAGCUCCCAGCAGACCAGACCCUCCCCCAUCUGCAGCACACAGCCCCAGAUCCAAGAUGGAGGACGUCUGCUCAUCAAUGUGAACCGGGAGUCACCUUUGCAAAUAACGGUUCCAGACAACCGGUUAACCACAGGACCAUUAUCCCCAGGGCGUCGGAAAUGUGACUCCCCCAGGAGGAGAGGUGGGGGCUCUAGUGGAUCCGGUGGGACUGGAAGAGCCAACAUGGCGGCCAGUAGCCUGACAGCAGAGCCCCAGAGUGAAGAGGCAGUCACAGAGAAUUUCCCUCAAAUGUUGAUACAAAAUGCAAGAGAGAGGAUUCUAAAUGACAAGUCUUUACAAGAGAAGCUUGCUGAAAACAUCAACAAAAUUCUAGCAAGUGAUGUCAGUCCUCAGGCUUUAAAGGCAUCAUGCAGCACCAUGGAGCCUGACCAGUCAAUAGAUGAAAUUCUGGGCCUGCAGGGGGAGAUUCAUAUGUCUAAUGAUGUUAUACAAGACAUCUUGGAGCAGACAGAGUCCGACCCAGCCUUCCAGGCUCUUUUUGAUCUCUUUGAUUACGGCAAAAGCAAACCCAGUGAGUAUACUGAACAAGGAGCUGGGAACGUGAGCAAUACCACCACAGAGAAUGGUGAGACUGAGACUAGAUGUAUUGACGGCUCUCCUGAGACUGGAGACCCAGGCACUGGGCCUGAAAACUUGACAUGUGGACAAGAAAAUAGAGUAACAAAGUCCAGUCAAGAGCCCAAGAGUAAGAAAACAAGGAAAUUUGCACCUCCUGUUUCAAGCACUUCAAAGGCAACUCCUGGACCCAGUAGCAGAGGGUUGAGAAAGGGAGCUAGCUCUACAACUCCUGGACCCAGUAGCAGAGGGUUGAGAAAGGGAGCUAGGGUCUACAAACUCCUGACCCAUAGCAGAGCGGUGGAGGGAAAGGGAGCUAGCUCAACAACUCCUGGACCCAGUAGCAGAGGGUUGAGAAAGGGAGCUAGCUCAACAACUCCUGGACCCAGUAGCAAAGGGGUGAGAAGGGGAGAUAUUGCAACUCGACCCUCAGCACGUAUUGAUCAAUUUACCGCCGCUGCUUCUUCUGCCGCAAAGGACUCGGAUAGGGUUGACUCAGGCUCCAUCUUUAAUCCGGAUGUAUCAGGUGUGGAUAUAGAUGAACCUCUGAAUACCCCUCUUGACAGUAUAGCUCCGCCAGAUGUCUUUGAGCCAGUCAGACAGGAGAGUGGAACAAAUCGUCCGGCGUCAGCAUGCAACACACCUUCAUCUGAAACCAGGACGGUCUCUGCUGUGAAAAACAUAUUAGGCAAUGAGAACACAGUGGGGGCUGAUGGUAGACAAGUGAUGGAUAACCAAGCUUCACUUCUUAACUCUUCACCUUCCCUGUCCAAUUCCAUGCCAAUGCUGGAUCAGUCAAACAAGGCUCCCAUACAGGCCUCUAACCUGCCUCAUAGAAAUAUUACCCCUCCCAGCAGUAUAGGAAUUUCACAACCUCUACCACAGACCAUACACUCUAUGGCUGUCCCCUCAACAGUUACAACAACUCCUGCUGCCCCAACCUUCAUCCCAAACCCCAACCCUACAGGCAAGGAAGUAGACCCCAGUAAGAUUGUGGCCCUGAAGAUCAUAAUCAGCGAUGAGCAGGAGCCCUCCAGUGACUCAGCCCUGAACCAGGCUGUGUCCAGCAUCACUGGGGACAGGAUCCCCACCAUCUUCCUCUCCUCCCCCACCAAGUCAUCUGCUAAAGCCCCGGCCCUCAGUAGCGCCCCCAUGAAUCAGGAGGAGACUGUGCAGGCGGUGAGCAGCUUACAGAGGACAGAAGUCCUCCAGCCAGCAGAGACCAAUCCUCUUAGUGGGAAAGCAGGGGAUGUGGCAGCAUUGGCAGGGACGUCAACUGCGUUGACACAGCCUGGCUACUACAUUCAGCUGCCCUUUGAUUCAGCCACAUCCACCAACAGCUACAUCUUAGUGACAGACACAACAGCCACAGACCCCCAGUCCAACAAGGUGAUAUUACCCAGUGGCGCCCCACAGGUACAGACUGUACCCCCUUCCUCAUAUACUCUGGUCACUCCACCCCGCUAUUCCCCUGGAUCUAGACUCAUCAUAUCUUCACCAGUUCAGCCCAUGCUGCAAAGCAUGGUGGUUCCUGUAUCUGUUGUUGGGCAGAACAAUGCAACACAGUUCUCUGUAGUUCCUAAUCAGUUGAUAGCCAUGCCUAGCCCUGCUUCAGCAAAGCAGCCAGCAGCAGUGAAUACCAACCCUAAACUGGCUCCCAAGGAUACCACAAUCUCGGGAAAAACGGGAGCUUCUGGAUCGAAUAUGGUUACAAAGCAGGUCCACCCGCAAUCCUCUAAAAGCACAGGGCAGCAGAAGGAAGCAGUUGGCUCGAGCCCCAGCCAUAGAAGGAUGCUUUGCUUUGAUGGGUCUGCUGGUGAAACUUCUACCUCCAAAGCUACAGCUACUCCUGUAUCACCUGUCCAACAGGUGGAGAAAGAGAUACCUAAAUCUGACUCUGCUCUCUUGGGGAGAAGCAGGCCAAAAAGGAGAAUAGAGACUGUAAGAUGUACAGACAACACUCAGACAUCAUGGACCGGAACAGAGACGGAGAAAUCCUCCACUGUCCAAAAGCAGAAAGAAGCUGCGAAAAAGACCCCUUCAAAGAGGGACGCAGAUCAAAAUGCUAGAGGUCAAAGUGCAAGGACCAGUAGAUCUCAGAGUGCUGGUAGCAGUAGGACUGAUGCCUCACAGUCAGAUUCCAGGAAGAGAUCUCAAUCAGCAGACAAGAAGGAUGAUGGUGGAGCAGGACCUAAGGAUGCCCAGAGCUCCAGGUCCUCUUCCUCUGAUCACAGACUGAGAUCAGGGAGCAGGAAAGAGAAAGACGCAUGUAGACAAGAGCCUACUGAGAAAUCUCCUGCCAAGGAGCGGGAGGGACGGACAGUGAAAAGGACAUCUUCUCAGGACCCCCCUCAUGUCACUGCCAAUAAGGAGAAUGAGCUGGAGGGGGGAAGGCGAGAGCAGCAGCCCACACCAGCACCAAGAGCAUUCAGCCCGGCCCCAGUGGGCUCACAAACCUCUGUCCCUCAGGCUUGCUCCAGCAAAAUCCCCUCCAAGACCAGCCCACUGACCAAGCAGGCAGCUGAAAUGCUCCACGACAUCCAGGGUCUAAACCCUCCCUCCACCCCUCCUAAGAGGACAGGCAUGGGCUGUCUGGAGCUGCCUCUUCCUCGGACCCCUGGCCGUCUCCAGGAGUCUCUAUACUGCCCCAGGACCCCUGCACGUCAGAGGCUGGACAGAGACAGAGAGGGCACCCCCAGGCACCUGGUCCCUCCCACCACCCCGGACCUUCCCUCCUGCAGCCCAGCCAGCGAAGCAGGGAGUGAAAACAGCAUCAACAUGGCGGCUCACACACUGAUGAUCCUAUCCCGAGCCGCCAUUGCCAGGACAGGCACCCCACUGAAAGACAGCUUGCGCCAGGAGGGGGCUGGAGCAGUGACCCCUGAAGCCUUCAAGAGCAAGAAGCGCAAGCAGCCUGAGCCCCUGGCCAGCCCGCCAGCAAAGAAAGAUAUCUCAGGUUCAUCUGGCAGUAAGAAGAAAACAAAGAAACAGCAGAAACUAAUGGAUUCCUUCCCCGAUGACUUGGAUGUGGAUAAGUUCCUGUCUUCACUGCAUUAUGAUGAGUGAUGGGUUGAGUUAUAGCAGUUGGACAAUGAGAUGAGAAUCUCCCAAACACUACCUACCUACUUUCCAGGAAUUGAACAAGCCAUAAUUUACUGUCAGUGCCUAUGGUUAAACCAUAGGAGUUAGGAACCUGUGGUCUAGUGGAGCAUGUCCUCAGUUAUUAUUUUUUCUUCUAUGGUAUGUCUGCUUGUAGGGUUUGUCCUACAUCCUUUGGCUUAACAACUAAUUAUACAUGUGAUGUAUAUACUGUAUAGAAAUUAUUGCAGAAAUGCUAGAUUGAGAGCACUUUGGUUCCAUUCAAGGACUGUAAUGUUAAGAAUGGUUUCCCAAUCUUGUUGUAUUAAUAAUUUCAAAUUCAACGCUUUCCUUGGUCAAUAUUUCACUGUAUCUAAACUUUAAAUGAUCCACCCAACACGCUGUGGUUAGACAGGUAGCACAAUUCUAAUCUUUAUUUCACUAAUUGGUAUUUUGACCAGAUCAGCUGUGAUCUGAUUGUUCAAAAAGACCAGUUAGUGGAAAAAAUAUCAGAAUUGGGCUGCGUGGUGUAAAAUACAUUUGUGCAGAUGUUUUCUUUACUAGUGAUUUUAAAUUAAAUCUUGUUUUAGAAAAA